AUGUCGGGACCACGACCACAGCUGGACUCUCAAGCAUUGAUAUACCAUAUUGACAUUCUCCUUUUCGCUCUUACUUCACUCCUUGUCCUCCUGCGUCUCCCUCGUUUCCUCGCAAGACUCUGGCGAUUUUCAGAGUGGACUACCGGGCAUUGGCUUAGCAGGAAGGUUCUUGCUGAGCAUCCUACCCGACGGGUUACUUUCCACGAAUCAUCUUCUCCUGACGAUCUGUCGACGAAUGACAACCAUACGUUGACGAUGGAGAAGUAUGCCGAAGCUGAGCGGGUUUCGAAGAAAGGUACUCCAGUCAAAUUGUGUUUUACACGUCCGUUGGAUACCUGGAUUGUCGAUUUCCCAUUCAUGCAUUAUGGUCGUUUACCUGUCUGCGCUGAUCUAUCCGUCGGUCUACAAGACGAACCUGUUCACGGACCCCGUAAGAUUUGGGUGGAUUAG